AUGCCGAGUUAUCCUUUCAACCAUGAAUCACAAAUUCGCGUAAGCCGCUCAAGUCGACCAACAUACAAAAUUGUGCCCUGGGAUCCCGAUUUUGGGGUGUCCAGGGUAUCAAGAGGCAACAAGCAAGCAGAUGGUAAGAUCACCAUGGAUAAAACUCUGCGCGUGGAAGAGCUUUCAAAUGGCCUCAGGGAUAUAUUCGGGUUUGCCCCAUCGCUUGAGAAAAACCCAUGA